ACCAUUUGCACGAGGUCUUCGAAGGCAUUCUUCGAAGAGAAACUGAUCGAUAUAGACGUUUUGAAUUUAACAGUAUGCCUUCAAGGAAACGCCAGCCGAGUAAACGAAAAGCAGAGGAGCCAGUGGAAGCAAAUAUCGAUAAGAAGAAAGAAAACCGAGGUGAGACAAUUCUCAGCCUUGAACAUUGCUGUUUAGUCGUUAAUAGUUUGCCAUCAUUUCGAUUCAAAGGGUGCAUGCAGCUCUCAGCUUUGCAGAUUUAUGUUCGCUUGAAACGAACAUUGUAGUAUGUUAUUUGUUUUAACCAAAAUUUUAAUACACAGAUGCACCGGUUUCUCGUGACAACAGAGAUGCUGGGUAUAUCCUGACACUGGGGCAAGGAGAUGUUGGCCAGCUGGGUCUAGGUGAAGACAUUCUGGAACGAAAGAAGCCAGCCUUUGUGAAGGGACUUGAUGGGCUGAAGGUUGUCCAAGUGGAAUGUGGUGGAAUGCAUACUGUGGCCCUCACAAGUGAUGGAAAGGUUAGGUUAUACAUGUUUCUGUAUGGGGCUUAUUACACAGAGGACCAUUUGCAGUUCCUUAAUUACUGGGGAGGAGUGGGGGAAGUGAAACAUACCUCCUUGUCUGGCCUAAACAGGGAUGUGCUGCUGAACAGGGUAUGUUUUUCGGGGUCUUGAGUCUAAUUAACAAUUAUUCCAUGAGUCUGUGGCGGAUAUGAGAUGGUAGAUAGCCAACAAGGUGUGUAGCACUGACUUGGCUACAAUCAUCUCAUAUCUAACAAGUGCGAGUGCAAUAAUUGUUUCAUUAAAAGCGCCCAGAAAAUAUCAAGAAUUCUUCCCGACACGUGCAGUUGCCAUAUUUGGGGAGCAUGGUAUAAUAACCCAUGAACCAUGAUGGUUAGGCCAAUCAGAGCUCUAGAAUUGCAUUAUCCAAUGAUUCAGUUUUUAAUAAAACAGCAUAUACAAUUUUAUUUAUUUUGUGUCCUGAACAGGAUUUCCUUCUGGACUUAAAGCCUUGAAAGUUGGAGGGUGGGUGAGGAGCGGGGGGGGGUGGUCCAUUUGCAGUGCACAGUCUACAUUUGUGGUAUAAACAAUUGUAUAGAAUGUUAGGUUAUCUGAAAAAAAAUAAAUAAGGGUAAUGAAAAAUGGUCUCUUGUUUUAAACAUGGUAGCAAAAAGAAUGGUUUUAGUGUAAAACAGGGUCAGGGUCUGAAGGGUUCGGUGACACACCCCAAACUUCACUUUAAACCCCCCUCCAGUGCAAUUUCUUAUGGAAAUGUAAGAAAAUUUUGGUUACGAUUUACAGUAUUUUAUGUCAGAAAAAGAGUAAGGAUUGUAACAAAACAAGGUCAACUCAGGGUUGUCAAAGACAGCAUGCCAUGUGCAGAAAUCACCAAAUACAACAUGCUGUUGGUCUGCUAUUUUGCUGACUAUUCUCUGGAGCCAUUUGAUAAAAUCUGAAAGUCAAGUGUGAAUGCUAAAGUCUGUAUUCUAAUGCCAGAUUUUAGCAGUUACCUCUGACAUUAGCUUUUAUGCGACUGGCCCCUGAUUCUCAGGUAUGGCACUCACUGUGAUAAAUGGCAAAAUCAACCAUUUACAAAGUACUUACAUGUACUAAAACUGCCUACCUCAAAGAUGUUUUUACAACCCUAUCAAAUUGAACCUUAUUUACACCCUUGGCUGUAAAUUGGACUAUUGUGAGUCCACCAGAAACAAGAGGGGAUCCCACCAGGCAGCCUUUGGCCAAUUCUUUUCCCUGUCUGUUGUAACAGUGCUAGAAGUCUUUGAGGUUUCUUUGCAUUUCUUAAGUGGCAAAUGGCAGCAUACUUGCUGAGUAUUAAACACUUGAGUAUAAUGCUUCAGGGGAACUAUACAAUAAUGGAAAUAUUUUCCAUUUAGAAGUAAUUUUAAUGCAGAGUUUUGAAGGUUUUGAUGUUAUUUGUAUAGUCUUAGAAAACAGUGGAAAACUAGCUUGGGUGAAUUUAUUAUUUUAGAUAACUAAAAGUAAAAUUAAAAAGUGUCUCACUCCUCACAAAUGAAAACAUAAUUGGCCAUAAAAACUGACCCCUUUCUAGUGCCUUUUCUUUUGUGCAUGUAGCUUAUAGUUCUGGACCAUCUUUGUUUUGCAAGAAAACCCUCUUUUCUCUUGUUCCUUAACAUAGGUCUACACAUGGGGCUGUAAUGAUGAGGGAGGCCUUGGCCGUGUCACAUCAAGUGAUAAUGGUGAGGAGUUUACCGCUGGUAUUGUUCAAGACAUGGAAAGUGUCAAGGUUGUCAUGGUGUCUGCAGGAGACAGCCACACAAUGGCUUUGUCGGAUAAAGGAACUGUCUUUGGCUGGGGCACUUACAGGGUAAGUACUUAAGGACAAUGAUCUUUUUCACUCAAAAUUUACUAGUUGAAAUAUAUUUGUCUGUGCUCUGGCAGCUUUCUGCCGCCAGUGGUAAAAAAAGAUAAAGAAAAGGCACGCCACCCUGAAUUCUUUUUUCUGCAUUACUGAAUAGGGUUCUUAAAACCUUGAGGUCAGUCUGAGUCUCAGCAAAAUCAAAACCAGCUCCGAGAUCCUCCUUCCCCAAUUAUAUGGAGAUUAAUGAAUUAGAUUAAUCGUAGGACAAAAAUUAAAUUGCAAUGUCAGUGUUUUUACGGUAAUGUAGUGUUUGUUAUUUUUUCUGCAGUGUUGCAGUCCCCCAAUGUCCCUCUCAUUUUGGAAAACUAAAUUUUGAAUGUUACUUGUCAAAUGGGCAAGUGGCAUAGAAAAAAAUUUUUGUCUUGCUUAAAUCCAACUUGUUGGGUUUCCCAUUCCAGGAUGCAAGUGGACAGGUUGGCUUACAAGUAGAUGGCAUCAAACACAAACCCACCGUGAUCUUGGCUCUGCAAAACAACCCGGUAAUGAAAAUAGCAUCUGGGAAUGAUCACACUGCAGCCCUGACAAAGAAUGGCAAUAUUUUUACCUGGGGAUGUGCCGAGCAAGGACAGUUGGGCAGAAUAAUGGGUUGUUUUACCAGUCGAGGCGGAAGGCGGGGUCUUCAGUACAUUCUCAAUCCAAAACAAGUCAGAGACAGGAAAAAACUUAAAUUUAAAGAUGUUUUCUGUGGGAGCUAUUCAACUUUUGCAGUUGCUGAAGAUGACUCCGUCUACGCUUGGGGCUUGAACAACUACGGCCAACUGGGAACAGGAGAUGUUGAGACAUUGUAUGCUCCAGCAAAGGUGGAAUCUCUGACAUCUUUAGGGGACAAAUGUGUCAGAAUAGCUAGUGGUCAGCACCACACUAUAGUCCUGGAUGCCUCAGGAAAGGUGUAUGCAAUGGGAAGGGCUGAGUAUGGAAGGCUUGGGGUAGGAGAAGAUGCCAAGGAAACAUCUACACCUGUUCCAGUCAUUGCGCUCGAUAAUAGCCCCAUUUCUGAGAUUGCUUGCGGUGAAGCUGUCAGUUUGGCAGUCUCAAGCAAGGGUGACCUGUACUCUUGGGGUUUUGGAAGUUGUCUACAGCUAGGAACAGGAGAAGAUGAGGAUGAGUAUUUACCCACUAAAGUACAAGGAAAGAAUUUACAGUCUGAUCAGCAUGAAGUAUUAGGAGUCUCUGCGGGAGGCCAACACACUGCUAUGCUUGUGAGGGAAAGAACUCAGUGAAAAUAACAGCAGUAACUGUGCUGUAUAGAAUAAUAAAUUAUUGUGGAACGGAUGCAGUUCAAACAUUCUGCAGCAUAUUUUGUGCAGUAAGUUUUUUAAUUUUCUUUAUUUUUUUAAUGAAGCAAGUGUACAUUAAUUUUUGGACCUUAAUUGCAAAAAUCUGUUGCCUAUUGUUAGUAUUUUCUGCUAAAGGUGAAUUCUCACCACGCUUAUAAUGAUUUGUUCCCUUCUCAUCUUUUAUACAAGUGACAAUAGUUAAACUAAUGGUUGCAAGAAGUACCUCAAACAAACCACUGUGGGGUUUCAUUCUACGAAGGCACAAUUCCUGAGAGUUUGAAUUGGGCCAUCAAAUCCCAGGCAUCAAAUUAUUCUUUAUUCCAGUGUACUCCCUAGGUAUUUUAGGCUAUGUGGGCUGCCUGGCUUAGUUCGUGGGAAAAUCAGUGACACCUGGCUCAACCCUUCAAGUCCCGAUAGUGACCAAGAUCAAUUUUCCCCUAACAAUAUCCAUGUUACCAAGAGAAAUGGUUAUGAGAGUUAAUAAAAUGAUCACCUAAGAGAAAAUGCAUUGAUCUUCUACCAAAUUCUCUCAACACCUUCUUGAAGGAAAUGGAUAGAGAUCAGUCUGGAGAAUUUGUAUGUGGAUAUUGGGGAUUAAAGGGUUAAAAACCAAAGUUUUAACCCAGUGGAAGUUUAUGAUGACAUCUAGAACCCAGUAUUUCACAGUAAAAAUCACUCGCAAAUGUUGAUAAAACAUUGUCUGGUGUUUUUACAACAACUGUAUUUGUGUGUUUUCUUGCAAUUAAUAAUUUAAUUUUGAUUAUGAAAGUGAUUUAGUGUUGGAUGAACAUCUUCAAUCUGUUGUUUUGUUGAAAGCUAGUGAUCUUGAAACUGUCCCAGAAACACAAGGGCCCAUCAAGGAGCUUACAUGUAGUACUAAACAAAAAUCCCGUACUUUUAGAGGAGUAUCUAAAAUUAAUGGAGAACUUGGUCAACCCAAGAUAUACAGAGCAAAAAUAAAGCUUGUCAAAGAGUCUUUUAAGCUGUCUAUUGUUAUUCAGGCUUCAUACAAACACUGUUGAAAAUCACAGUCAGGAUACCUCUGGGCUUCUCAAAAUCCUAGGGAGAACACUUUUUUUUUAAAGAAAAAAAAAACUUUAACAUUCCUUUGGUAAAGUUCAAUUUGCAGGUCCUGGUUGUUCAAAUGUUGGAUGGAAAAUCCACCUGACAAAUUACUCUCCAGCAAAUAACGACUACAGAAACCAAUUUAUUAUUAUGUUAUUUACUGGAUAAUAUUGUAUCCAGGGCCAGGUCUGUUUUAUGCUUGAAUCACUCUUAGGUGCGUAGCCACAUUUAAAACAUUUUUCAACAAGCCACUGUCAGAAACACAAUGAUCAUAGUACCUCUCUUAUUAGAGAGAUUUAGAGUCACA